UAUGUAGGUUUAGUUAGUGGUACUUGCUUUGCCGAAACUGGAAAUAAUGUCACUUGUAUUGACAUUAAUGAAGAUAAAAUAAAUCAGCUUCGUCGUGGCGAAACUCCAAUAUAUGAACCAGGCUUAGAUGUUUUGCUAGAAAGAAACAUAAAGGAAAAAAGAAUUUCUUUUACAACUUCAUUAGCAGAGGGGAUUAAAGAUGCUCAAAUCAUCUUUUUGGCCUUACCAACCCCUCCAGGAAAAGACGGCGCGGCUGAUUUACAAUAUGUUUUGGGUGUUGCCAAAGAUCUUAGCAAAAUCAUAACUAGUUACAAGGUAAUCGUAAACAAAAGUACUGUGCCAGUUGGUACUGCCGAAAAGACUACGGCAGUAAUGUUAGAAAAUUUAGAUCAUUCAUUAUUUGACGUGGUGAGUAAUCCUGAAUUUUUACGAGAAGGAGUAGCUGUUGAAGAUUUUUUAAAACCCGACAGAGUUGUAAUAGGCACUUCAAGUGAUAAAGCUAGAAAAUUGAUGGACGAGUUAUAUCAACCAUUUGUGCGCCAGGGUAAUCCUAUAUAUUACAUGGACGAGCGUAGCUCAGAAAUGACCAAAUAUGCCGCUAAUUCUUAUUUAGCAAUGCGUAUUUCAUUCAUGAAUGAAAUGGCUAACUUAUGUGAACGUGCAGGGGCCAAUGUAGAUUGGGUACGUAUGGGUAUGGGUAGUGAUGGUCGUAUCGGUAAGCGUUUUCUAUUCCCUGGAGUAGGAUAUGGCGGAAGUUGUUUUCCCAAAGACGUUCAGGCAUUGGCAAGAACAGCUGACGAACAUGAUUAUGAUUUUCAAAUCGUGAAGUCAGUAAUGGAGGUUAAUGACCGCCAAAAACUGAUAUUAGGGAAUAAAAUUUUGAAGCACUACAAAAAUGAUAUUACAGGAAAAAUAUUUGCUGUUUGGGGUCUAGCGUUUAAACCCGAAACAGAUGAUAUUCGCGAAGCACCAGCUUUGUACCUUAUCGAAACAUUAUUGUCUAAAGGCGCUGUUGUAAAAGCUUUUGACCCCGAGGCAAUGCCCAAUGUAAAAGCGAUUUUUGGCGAUAAAGUCCAUUUUGUAGACAACCAAUACGAUGCUAUUAUUGACGCCGAUGCAUUAGUUAUUGUGACUGAGUGGAGUGAAUUCAGAAAUCCUGACUUCAACAAAAUCAAAUCAAACUUGAAAGAAGCUAUCAUCUUUGAUGGCAGAAAUGUUUAUGCCCUCGAAAAAAUGAAAGAACUAGGAUUUCAUUAUCAAAUUACUGGCGCUGCUGGCUUUUUGGGGUCACAUUUGUGCGACCGUUUCAUUGCUGAAGGUUACGAAGUAGUUGGUAUGGACAAUUUGCUUACAGGCAAUAUUCGCAAUAUCGAACAUUUGUUCCCUAAUCCUGAUUUUACUUUUUAUCAUCACGAUGUGACCAAGUUUGUACAUGUACCAGGUCAAAUAGAUUACAUACUUCAUUUUGCUUCACCAGCAAGCCCAAUCGACUAUCUAAAAAUGCCUAUCCAAACUUUAAAGGUAGGAGCAUUAGGCACCCAUAAUUUAUUAGGCUUGGCCAAAGCGAAAGGAGCUAGAAUACUUGUAGCCUCCACUUCCGAAGUGUAUGGCGACCCAUUGGUACAUCCACAAAUAGAAGAGUACUGGGGCAAUGUAAAUCCAAUUGGACCUCGCGGUGUAUAUGACGAAGCCAAACGUUUUAUGGAAAGCAUCACAAUGGCUUAUCAUAAUUUCCACGGAGUAGAAACGCGCAUUAUUCGUAUUUUCAACACCUAUGGACCACGUAUGCGCCUAGAUGAUGGACGUGCAUUACCUACAUUUAUGAAUCAAGCCCUACAAGGCAAAGACAUCACCGUUUAUGGCGAUGGUUCACAAACUCGUUCUUUUUGUUAUGUGAGCGACCUAGUAGAUGGUAUCUAUCGUUUAUUACAUUCUGAUUAUCAUUUACCGGUUAAUAUUGGUAAUCCUGAAGAAAUCAGUUUGAAAGAUUUUGCCGAAGAGGUUUUGAAAUUGACAGGAGCUCAGGUAAAAAUUGUUUAUGAACCGCUACCUCAAGACGAUCCAAAACAACGUAAACCCAACAUUACAAAAGCGCAAACGCUACUAGGUUGGGAACCCAAGAUAGGCCGAGAAGAAGGUCUUAAAGCUACUUGGGAUUAUUUCAAG